AUGGACCCAGAAUCUAGUAAGAAUCAAAAUAUCCAGAAAGAAAAGGACAAGAUCAGGAGGUUUGGGAUACAAAAAAGAGGUAUGACUUGCAGAUUAUGCAACCUCUCAAUGCCCUUCCAUGGAUGUCUUUUGGAUUUGGGAACCUGCAGAACAAAACCUGGUCAGUAUUGCAUGAAACAGACUCACCUAAGAGGUGGAAUUCAGUGGUAUUCCAUUUUGGGCUGCACAGAGACCCAUGAUGACUGCUUCAAGAAAAAGACAACGUCUUCUGGAAUGCGUGUUACUUACUGCUGCCAUCGCACCCUGUGCAAUUUCUGA